AUGGCAAGACCUUUGCCAGCACUCCCAGAAUCCUUUGCACCAACCCCUGAUAGCGUAUUCACCGAUCAGUUUGGGUUUUAUGCUCUGGACUCUAAUGUUCCUGGGCUCUCCAAAGUUAUCCUGGAUAAACUCAAUAUGAAAGACUAUGGAGAGUACAGGGCGGCCUUAGAAGGGAAGGCAAAGGUUGGUUUUCGCUCUCAUAAGGAGAUGUUUGAGAAAAUGGAGGAGACAUUUAAAUUCUGCUCCAGUUGCUCAAAAUUACCCUCACACCUGCCUGACCCCAGAGCCCUCAGACGCUGCAUAAAAUGUCUGAAUGUGUAUUACUGUAGUAAGGAGUGUCAGAGGAAGGACUGGCCGCUCCAUAAGAAGUUCUGUAAGAUGCUCCGGAUGGUGGCUGUUGACAGACUGGUGGAAUGGCUCGUUCACACAGGAGACCUGCCUUUCCCUACAGAGAAAUGGAGCAGACCAGUGUCCGAGGUGAGGGACUGGGAUGACUGGCUGGCCAUGCAGGGGGAUCUCACACCCCGACUGGAACCCAUUUUAUCAGCACGUAACAUGACCGACCUGUGGGCCAACGCCUGCCGGACCCGCCCGGAGGAGUCAGAACUCCGUCAGUCCAUCUGGCGAGUGUGCAGCGAGUUCUUCUCCCGCUCACUCACCCUCGGUUUAGGGGUGCGGAUUUUCGGCUUGGACCCUUAUGCCCGCCCUCUGACCAUCCAUUUGGCAGGAGCGGGUCACAACGAGACACUGGGCGCCCGAGUCACAGACAUGGACGAACUGAGUCGCAUGUUCCCCGGGCACCAGGGGAUAGAGGUGGUGAUGGUGGGGCCGGAGGUGGUCCAGGGGCCGAUAAUGAGACCCCCACUGAGGGCCUUUGGGCCCCGAGGGAAAGUCUACAUCAGCGCAUACAAGGGCCUGUACCACCAGUUCUGGGAGGAGCUGGUGGAGAAAGGAGAAGCAGCCAGACCAGACCUGGUGGUGGGAUUUCACCCAGGGUUCCAUGCGUCUCAGGGCUUAGGGGAGGGCUGGCUGCCAACCCUGCUUCUGCUGAGAGAUUACAACAUCCCUUCCAUGUUUACAAUGUACAAUGAGUUGGAGCUUCAGUAUUCUCUCCGGAUUCUGUUGGAGCUGGAGACGCACGUCAAAGGCAGCGGCAAAAACCCGUUUGGGUCUCAGAAACCAGAGCAGGUCCAGUCCAGUCCCAACAAACCACCCAGUUACUGCAAUUCUCACUACCUGUGUUUCCACGGCCUGCUGGAGAGAGAGCCACAGGUGGAAGAGAUAGAUUAG